UGGAUUAAUUUUUUAAAUCUGCUGGACGCGUCGGGCACUGAAUCAAGACGACCGACGCAGGCGAUUCAAAACGUCAACGUUUUGGUAGAAAACAGGGGUCAAGCCGUAUUUAUAUCGUGUUUUGAUUGGAGUACACCGAGACAAUGCGGAAGAGUGAGCUCCACGCAGCCGAAUCUGUGGCUUCACUAAGCAAUGCCCUGAUCCACCUGAAAGACAUCUGGGAACAGGUUGGAAUCCCAGAGGAACAGCGCCUCAUAAGGACCGAAGUGUUCACCCAGCACAUCAAGAGUAUGCUGGACCUUAUGAUUGAGGAGGAGGAAGGCAUGAAGAAACGUGUGGAGAACAGCCUUGAGACGUGCCGCAAGGAGCUCGACCAGCUGUGCGUGGAACUCGGGAUGCCCGGCGUCCCUGAGGCGACGGGCCUCACCAUGCUGCAGCUGGAGAAGGACCGACGCGCGCGGCUGGAGAUCAUGCUGAGGCACAAGAAGGAGCGGAUGGACGACCUGCGAGCGCUGGUCGAAAGCGACGGCGACCUCUGCGACGUCCUGGGCGCCGCGCCCUUCAGCAUCGACCACGACCGCGUGCCGUCCGUGGAGCAGCUGGACGGCUUCCGCUCCCACGUCGGCGACCUCGCCGCGGAGAAGCGGCGGCGGCAGGCGGAGUUUGUGAGCCUCAAGGAGCAGAUCGUGGCCUCCAUGGAGGACCUGGAGAGGCUGCCCGAGACCAGCUUCGAGAGGGACGUCGUGUGCGAGGACGAGGACGCCUUCUGCCUGUCCCACGACAACAUCGGAGGGCUCAAACUUCUGCUCGCCCGUUUGGAAGACUGCAAGGCGGAGAACCGACGCCGUUGCGCUGCGUACCGCCUCAAAAUCCAGGAGCUGUGGGAAAGGCUCCAGACUCCGCAGGAGGAGAGGGAGGCCACGUCCCCACACAUGGUCCACUGCAAGAAGGAGAACAUGGAGGCGCUGCGGGCGGAGCUGGAGCGCCUGGAAGCCCUGAAGAUGAGGAGCAUCAGGAGCUUCGUGGAGGCGAUCCGCGCCGAGGUGGCCGUCCUCUGGGACAAGUGCUUCUACAGCGCCGGGCAGCGGCAGGAGUUCGGCGUGUACUACCACGAGGAGGACGUCUUCACGGAGGAGCUGCUGCUCCGCCACGAGGCGGAGGUGUCCACGCUGAAGAGGCGCUACGAGACGCACCGGCCGCUGUUCGAGGGCGUGGCCCGCUGGCGGGAGAACUGGACGCUGUUCCUGGAGCUCGACCGCAAGGCCAACGACCCCGCCCGGCUGAACAACCGCGGCGGGAACCUCCUCAAGGAGCAGAAGCAGAGGGCGGACCUGCAGAAGAGCCUGCCCAAGCUGGAGAAGAGCCUGAAGGCCCAGAUCGACCUCUGGGAGCAGGAGUGCGGCGGCCGGUUCCUGGUGGACGGCGGGCAGUUCGUCGACUACAUCAAGCAGCAGUGGGCGGCCUUCCACGACGAGAAGGAGAAGGAGAAGACGGAGCGGCUGAUGAAGAAGACCAAGCAGUUCGAGGAGGAGGUGAGGUUCGGAGCGGCGACGAAGACCCCGUCAAAGAGGCGCCUGCCGACGGUUCCCACGCCGAGCAAGGUGAGGAAGCUCAACGUCGCCGCCACCCCCAACAGCACCCUGAGCUCCGGCUCUGGGAGCACUAUCUGCCAGAGCGCGGGGUCCCGGCCGCCUCUCGCCGCCAAAAAUCUGUCGGUCAACGGAAAGGCGUCUCACACGAUGGAGCGGAACAAGGGGUACACCACACCCCUCCCCGAUAAGAACACUCUGAACGUCGGCAGCGGCGGCGCCAUCAAGUGCCAAGAUAACAACGACUUCACGUUCAGCACGAUCGCCGGAACCUACUCCGAUUUUGCGCGCGACCUUUCGAAGGCAACUAAAGCAGAAACCAACCCACUGAACUCCACCUGCAGUCAUCACUGAUUGAUCAGCAACCGGGAGUCGUCCAGCUCUUUGGUUUGGCAUUGUUUUUAUCUUUUAUAUAUAUAUAUAUAUAUACACACAUAGGCUUCUCUUUCUCUUCUGUUUAUCCUUUAUUCUUUUUUUCACUUGCAUAAAAAUACUGUGUAUGGAAUUAUACAUUGGUUUGAUUGUUUCCUUCCACGUUGAAUUUCGUUCAUAGAAUUUUGUUGUAAAAUCUGUUGUAUUUUAGUAGUCAUGGCUGGAAUAAUAUUUCCAGCAAUGCCAAUUUGAUUGUUUAUUAAAAUAUCAAAAUUUAAAUAGCCCUUUUUUUUUCUAUCUUUAAUUUUCAAGUUUUGAUUGAUUGUCUUCAUUUCUAACAUGUAAACAAUAAAAAAACUUUGCUUAUUUGCUUUUCUAUGGCUGGAAUUACAACCUCAUUGCACCUUAAAGGGACACUGUGUAAUA